AUGCCUACCAUAGAAAUGGACAGGGUUCCAGAAAAUGGUUCUGUUUAUGAUUCCGAUGGUGAAAACAGUAACAGCGAAAAUGGCUCUAAGAAAUUAAUCAUAAAAAAGAAAACUAGAAAAAGAGGAAUUAUUUAUUUAUCAACUAUUCCUCCGUAUAUGAACGUAGCUAAGAUAAGAGAAAUUUUUAGUGAGUUCGGUGAUGUUGGAAGGAUAUAUUUACAAUCAAGUAACAAACCAGGUGAAAAAAGGAAACGGGUACCGAAUUUAUUUACUGAAGGUUGGGUUGAAUUUGAGAAAAAGAAAGUGGCAAAAGCAGUUGCUGCUAAUUUAAAUAAUACUAAGAUAGGCACCCGCAAAAAAUCUCGUUAUUAUGACAUGAUAUGGAAUAUUAAGUAUAUCCCUAGAUUUAAAUGGGUCCAUCUGAGUGAGCGCUUGGCUUAUGAGAGAGCUGCUAUGAAACAGAGAUUGAGAGCUGAAAUAUCUCAAGCAAAGAAGGAAGCCCAAUAUUUGCAGUCUAACAUUGAAAAAAGUAAAAAGUUGAAGAAAAAGAAAUUGACGACAAAUACUAGUAAUGAU